AACCAUCAGAAGUAUAAGAAGUAGUAGUAGUCAACAUGAAUAAUUUCUGAUUGUUGAGCUUGAAUAAAAUUUUGUUCAUCAUCGAGAAGGAAAGAAUAUUAAUAAAAAAUAAUUGUCCCUUACCAAGUAAGAAAGAACGUAAUCUUCUACGCUAAAUUUCAUAAAAAAAUCGCUUCUCGAUAUAUGUUGUUAUUUGGUUCUGCUCGUCAAAAAUCCAUGAAUGAUUUUAAAAUAUUCCACAUUUUCAUUAUUGAAGCGAUUUUCUCUCUCUCACGUUUCGAUCAUAAUUCAUUACAUUUGCUGAUUAUCCGCUUUUGCGCCAUUACACAGUUUCAAUACUCAAAUAAAACCAUUUAAUUCCUUAUAAAAUACAUUUUGUAUAGUACUCCAAUAGCUUUUUUUUU